AUGUGGGCCAGGCAAGGCCGCACAGAGGACACACUGGCAUCAUCAUCGGUGGCGGUGGGGCGGCUGGUGCUGCCUCGCCUCGUGGCGCGCUGCCAUGCCAUUCUGCACCGCUUCACUAAAGACUCCCUGCAAGCAGGGUCAGCAGCCAUGCCGGCAGUGCGGCUGGCGGAGAUGCUGCUGCUGCUGCAGGAGUUGGUGCGCCUCGUGCUGCACCCCCUCGUCGCUGCCGCACUGGACGUGCCCAUCGCGCCCAAGGCCAGUGCAGAGGCGCACGUCACGGCGCAGGCAGCAGCAGCCGGGGACACGCUCACCAGGGGUGAGCUGGAGCGGCCAUGGGAGCGGGACAGCGCAGCGCGGCGGUUUGUGGACAGCGAGGGGCGGCAGCUGGGGUGGCAGCGAGCGCACCUGCUGCUGCUCUACUCGCCCCUCUGCGACCUCGUCUUCCUCCGGUACACUUUCCACACUUCUCCCGUCCCCCGUCCCCCUCCCCCCCCCUUAAAACACGAAAACCUCACAGAACCCUCUACAGGCAACCCCACACCACUAGUGCCGUGCGCUCUUGCUACUGGCAUCAUCAGGUGUGACGGAACGAGGAGAAAUGCAAGCUCUGGGUCUCUGGGGAUGUCGAAACAAGAUGUGAGGUAG